GUAAACAUGGUGGACUAAAGCAAAAAGUUGCAAAUUAUUUCUUUGAUAUUUUGUUCUUUCAAGAGCAUCACUUGGGUGAUUAAUCAAGAAUGAAGAGGAAAAAACAUAGUGUUUUGUCGUACCUAGUCAGGCGAGAAUAUGGACAACAUUUACGAGGGGAUGGCAGAGAUAUUGGUCAUUUGUUUGUCGAAGAUAAAGCCACUGAUCCUGCGGUCAAUAAGCCAUGUGCCCUUUCUGGUCAAGCACGGUCCACCUUUGUAAUGGUCUUUAGCCCUGAUGGCACUAAGGUGGCAUCGACUCACGGCGACCACACUGUACGUGUAUCAGACCUCGCCACAGGGAAAUGCCUGCACAUCCUACGAGGUCAUCCAAGGACUCCGUGGUCCGUUGCCUUCCACCCUUCAUCGAGUGAUAUAUUGGCAUCGGGGUGCCUGGGGGGUGAUGUAAGGAUAUGGGACUUGAAGGGUGGCGGAAGUGAAGUAUGGAAGGUUCCCAACAAUAACAGUAACGUGAUCGCCUCCCUGACAUUCCACCCGUCAGAUCAUCUUCUCGUCAUCGCCAGCGCCAACGUCGUCUAUUUCUGGGAUUGGAAUCUCCCGGAGCCCAUCGUCAGCCGAUCAACCAAUAACGAUUAUGAACAAAUCAGAUGGGUGAAGUUUGACCCACUUGGUCAGCACCUGUUCACAGGGAUAGCUAAUGGCUCCACGGUACAGAGAGAAGACUCACUUCAUCAUGUAUCACAUUUUGGAUACUCGAAUGAUGAUCCUUACAUGGAUCCCCACAGAGCAGGAUUGCGACGGCAGUAUUAUGACCUCGUCUCCAGGUACAACCAGCACCAACGAGAUAGCUUUGGUUACGAUAGCAUACACACCUCCGCUGGACGAACAGGCACGACCCCGAGUGGCUCCACCUACACCCAGUCAGCAACACAAUCGUCAACGCUCGAUAUCGAUCUUCUUGAACCAAUGUCUCCGACGCGCCUCACAGCCUUGGACGAUGCGCGACAAUACGCUUCAAUUGUAACGAACAUAUCAAAUCGGUCACACACUUCUCCAACUGCUGGAGGUGAUAAUGUGCCACGCUCUCUUGCUUCAUUCUCAUCUCAGUCGCUGAACAAUUCUGAUGCUACGGAAAACUUGCGUAAUUCCAGUUCCUUAUCUAGUCCGCCACGCUAUCGUGGUAGGUGGCGCUACGUUAGUCGUGAACCCGGUGCUGCGUCCCGAUUGAGUGGAUUCUUACGCAAUAGUCAAAAUAGUCAAAGUGGAUCACAACAACAUGACAGUUCUGAAAGUAGUCCACGUGAUAGGUAUGAGAGGUUUAGUGAACCGUUACGUAGUAGUCCGCGUGAGCGGCCUAGUGAAGCCAUGCGAUCAAGUAAUCUACGGGCUUCGCUGCAUCGAUACCUGAAGACAAAGAAAGAGGAGUCUCCAACUGUCAAAAAGUCUGGUGAUGGUGGUGGGCCUUCUCAUAGAGCUGCUGCGACUCCAAAUGACGGAGCCAUUGGGAGUGGACGUGAUCUGGCUUCACGGCAUUUGAAACAAGAAACAGAUAAGUCUUCAGAGUCGGUCGACACCUCCCAGAAUUCCAUUCUUUUAUCUCAUCUUGCUUCCUCUGAGCCGCACCUUUCAAAAACCUCGACGACAAAAGUUUCUAUGACCGGCGCACAGCGUUCUAAGCCAAGUUUUGUCCCGCGGGUUUCUGGUUCUGACGGAGCUACUGCAGAUGAUCAGUCGCGGGAAACAAGGCCAAGGAGUUCGUUGCUCAGAUCUUGGUUGAAAAGUACCAAAUACAAGUCGUCUUCUGGUGCAUCCAAUACGGACGGUAACUCGGAGCCUGGCCAAAAUCCUGGCACAUCCGGUCACAAUGCGACGCGAGAUCCUAACAGGAAUACGGCACGGUCUGUUACCGUCAUCAGACCAUCAACUGUUGAUUUGCCACGUAUACUUGGCAGUCAUGACAUGAGUCGUGAGGCAAGUUCUGAAGAUUUGGAAAGCCGCGCCACAGCUCGGGUAAAUGGGUCUGGGGCAACAGGAACAGGGUCGAUGCACUGUGAGAGGUGUCUGACCAGUAGGAAUCUAGUCCUUCACGAGAGCUUGCCAAGAUCUUUGACACCUCCACAGCCUUUGUACGGUGCUCCUGCGCCUUGUAACCAAGCGGAUGUAAGCUGUGAAACAGACGACAACACAAAUAGUAGUCAGCAUCGGAGCAUUGGCACUGAGACGAAUAAAGCUGGAUGUCGUAAGUGUAGUCCUCAUUCUGACAAUAAGGGUAAAGGAAAACCGUUUUCUUCCUUUUCUAAGAGACAUGAUUUAGGAGAGAGUGAAUCCAGUAGAGAGACACCUGUGUCCACGAAAUCGGAUAGUGACUGUGAUGAGCCACCGCGGAAGCGAAUUAAGUCCGAUCCAUCAGUCUCGGAUUCUAAAAAUGUGUCCGAUGGUUCCAGUCAUGCGUUACAUUCAAAGACUGAUGCAAAUGCGUCUGCAAAUGCACAAAAUGAUCCGGAAUCUGGUAGCAGUAGAGUUUCUUGUCUGCGGGAUGCUGUCUGCAGUUCGUCCUCGGAUCAUAUCAAGUCGGAUUCGGAUCCAGUGUUGGACCGUGAAUCUGAUCCCGCUGUGGAUACGAGAAAUCAGGAGCCUUUGCCUGGUCCGAGUUCCCGGAUAGGGCUAUUUAGGCCUACUCCUUCGAACUCGAUGAGCAAUGUGUAUCAACCCUCCACAUCUGGAAGUACCAGCCCUGCCUCCACUUCUCCUGGUUCUAGAGAUAGGGAGGAGUCAACAUGCACACUGCCAAACUGUUCAAAUUUCCGUGGUAUUAGUCAGAGUCAUGAUACGAAUCCUGGGGACAAUAGUUCAAGAAUGCACACUAAUCUCUCUCGGCGGUAUCACAGACUGCAUGAUUUUCGGCAGAGAAUCUUGGAUAUUCACGAUCGACUUCAGCAGAGGCAACGCAGUCGAAGCGUCCAAGAUCGCUUACGUUUAGCACGCCCGCCCCGCUCUGCGUCGUUCCAAGAUCGAGUUGAAGCGUUAAGACAGGAGAGGUUACGUACCGUGGACAGGUACGCCCGGCAUAGGCUUGACCGCGGGAACCUACCGGCAGGCCCGUAUGUGAUUCCCCACAUUACCAUCACCAGGCCUCCGGAUUCACCUCCAAUUCCUGAGCCGGAGCCCGAGGAUGAACCUGAUGACCGGCAGGAGAUGUUGAGGGACCUUGAAAACAUGCGAAUGGAGGCGAUGAGGACACGCCAUGCUAUCAGAACUCGUGAGAGAACUUGGCAGCACCAACAGGGCCAGCAAGGUCGUACCUGGCAUCAGCUCCAGCGCCGGUACCUCCAUCCUCAUUACGCAGUCGGGAUUCUGGACGAGACCAUCAACCAACCAAAUGACAGUAUUCAGUCGGCAAUCAACAGAGCUAUUGCGGGCGUUUACUUGGGAAAUGGCGAGACGGCAGUCGCGAACAAUAUCGUGGAUAAAACAUAUCGUAUUCAGCGGUGGUACUUUGAUGUUCAAGACAUUCCUUACAUUGAUCAAGCGGAUGAAAACAUAGUCGUCCCACACUGCAAACUGCACAACGACACCAGCGCUGAAAUCUCCCAAGACGGCCACCUAUUGGCCACAUUUGUUCCUAGUCAUCGCGGGUUCCCAGAUGAUACCAUAUUGGCAGUUUAUUCCCUGGAGCCUGAUACCCUCGGCCAGUGUUGGUACACAAAAGGUUUCGGUCCUAAUGCUAUCUCGGUGAGCAUCUCCCCGCUUAACCAGUAUGUCCUAGUCGGUCUUGCCGCCAGGAGGUUGGCCUGGGUCUUCUCUCAGUCACAGCAGGUCGCUCAAGUCUACAGUCUCUGCAACAAGGAGGAGGGAGAAUUGUCAAUGAAGCACGUGACCGACAUAAUGCAUCCCUGUGAUUCAGAAACACGCACCCACCACAUCAGUGUGAACUCGGCCAAGUGGUUGCCUGGCCCGGGUGAGGGAAUUAUGUAUGGGACAAACAGAGGUGAUCUCCACAUAUGUCGGCCAGGUAAAAAGGGUCCAUAUACCAGCCGGGGCGAUGACUCCUCAUCCGGCCCUCCCCCUUCACCCUCCAGCAGUAUUCACAACAUGCCCUCGCAGAACUUGCGGCGAAAUCUGAUGGAGAUGCUUGGACUGCAGGUUCCCCGGACAAUCAGUACUGCUACACAGACUCCUCCUGGCCCACAGCGGACGACAUCGACUCAGACACUUGUAUUUGGUUCGGAUGAUUCGACGUCAGAUUCAGAAUAAUGCAGUCUGUGAUACAAGCACAAUCAUAAUUGAACAUACUAAAGGAACGGCCCCAAUUAAAUUUUAUCUAUAACUUGUUUGUUAGCGAUUUUAUUGGUGUGUACUCCAAGUUAUGAAUAAUGUGACAUUGAUUUGCAACUUUCUCCUUGGAAUGGGAAAAUAGCCUUGGAUUAGCCGUUUAUAAAACGUAUCCUGAAAUCUGUAGUGUCUAUCUUCACUGAAGUGAGAGUCAUUGUAAAAGUACUUGGCCUGACUGAUUGAACUCAGGAGGUUUUGGAAUUGUUAGCCGGUGUUACUAUAAUAAUAUUUAUGUCGUGUAAGCUUAUAUUUAUGUCUUGUGUCGAAUGUCUGUUCAACUUACAUGUACUGUACCUUUUCAAGGUGAUUAAAUCAUCUCUUUUUAGUUUCUUUUAGAUGCUAGGCAGUUAACAAAUCAUGUCUGUCCUUUCCGUAAAGCUUACCAGGUACUGUCGGGGUUAGUUGUGUUCUGUCCCUUGCUUCAUUCAACACCGGCAUGCCUGGUGUCUAAUAUAUCUGUUGCAAGGAAGAAGAGACAUCAAUUUUGUCUAUGAAGUCAUUUUGAUGCAUAUAAGGAUGCUGAUACACUAUUUGUGUUAACAUUGCUGCUCUCAAACUUUGUCAUACAUGUAUGUUGAUUAUCUGGGCCCGGUCGUUAACCUCUUGAAUCCCAAAACUUGAAAAUCCCAGGAUUCCAGGGUGGUCACGUGGUUGCAAAAUUGGGUCUGACUUUUCACGAUGUAUAGCGCCCGCCUACAACCGCCAAAGUCCAGUACCGAGGCGCCAUCUACCCAGGCAUGCUCUAACUAACCCUACUGUACAUCAAACACGCUAAAACAAGCAAUAAACUAGCGUCCCAGCUCAAGAGAAUAAAAAUAUCACUGAGACCGACCUGUCGAUCGUUGGGGAAAAAACGUUAUUUCAAAAUGACCGACUGGUCGGUCACUGGGAUUCAAAAUGUUGACAUCAUGUGGGUGUGGGUUUGACAUGUACAUGUAUUACUGAAGGCAGCACUGUGCCCACUAUUGUGCUCUCAGCUCUGACUUUAGUCGAAGGUUCAUUUGGGAGCAUCUGCAUGUACAUGUACCAGUCCUGUUAAAAAUGUCUUUGUGGCACAACCACAUCGGUGCAAGCUCCUGUUGGAAAAAUUGUGAUCACAAAUGGUCGUAGCCAAUGGGUGAUAUGAAUAAAGACUAGCAAAUGCUUUUAUCUAAAUCUCCAUGUACAUUUACACUAGGCCUUUCUGUACAAAACCGGAGUAAAAGCAUUUGCUAGUCUUUAUUCAUAUCACCCAUUGUCAUGUUGAUUCUUGUGAGUGCAAAUCCAAAAUAAAGUUGAAAUAUGACAUUCUUAAAA